CCUCCGUGCCGCCUCUCCCUCCCCUGCAUUCCUCUCUUAGCUCACUCUUCAUCUCCCACCGGCUUUCCCUGCGCUUCCUGCUACUAAUUCCUUCAACCAGAUGGCCGGUUUGCCGGAGACAAACACCGAGGGCGAAACCCUCUCCGAUGCUUGGGAUUUCAAGGGUCGCCCCGCCGUCCGAUCCCAGACCGGCGGUUGGACCAGCGCCGCCAUGAUCCUAGGGGUGGAGCUGUGCGAGAGGCUGACAACGCUGGGGAUCGCCGUGAACCUGGUGACCUACUUGACAGGCACCAUGCACCUCGGCAAUGCCACCUCCGCCAACACCGUCACCAACUUCCUUGGCAGUUCCUUCAUGCUCUGCCUCCUCGGCGGCUUCCUCGCCGACUCCUUCCUCGGCCGGUACCUCACCAUCGCCAUCUUCACCGCCGUGCAAGCCUCAGGGACAACCAUCCUGACCAUAUCGACGGCGGCUCCGGGGCUGAGGCCGCCUGCCUGCGCGGACCCGUCGGCCGGCGGGUGCGUGCGGGCGAGCGGGGCCCAGCUCGGGGUGCUCUACCUGGCUCUGUACCUGACGGCGUUGGGGACGGGCGGGCUCAAGUCGAGCGUGUCCGGGUUCGGGUCGGACCAGUUCGACGAGUCGGACCGGGGGGAGAAGCGGCAGAUGAUGCGCUUCUUCAGCUGGUUCUUCUUCUUCAUCAGCCUCGGCUCGCUGCUGGCCGUGACGGUCCUGGUGUACAUCCAGGACAACCUCGGCCGGCGGUGGGGCUACGGCAUAUGCGCCGCCGCCAUCAUGGCCGGGCUGGCGGUGUUCCUCUCCGGCACCAACCGGUACCGGUUCAAGAAGCUGGUGGGUAGCCCCUUGACCCAGAUCGCCGCCGUGGUGGUGGCAGCGUGGAAGAAGAGGCAUCUUGACUUGCCGUCGGAUCCUUCCUUUCUUCAUGACGUGGAUGCCGCCGUGGACGGAGGGAAGGGGGAGAGCAAAGAGAAGCAAAGGUUGCCACACAGCCAGCAGUUCCGUUUCUUGGACCGGGCGGCGAUCACGGAGGACCCGGCCAUCGAGCAGAGCAAAUGGCGGCUGUCGACGCUGACCGACGUGGAGGAGGUGAAGCAGGUGAUCCGGAUGCUGCCCAUCUGGGCCACCACCAUCAUGUUCUGGACCGUCUACGCCCAGAUGACCACGUUCUCCGUCUCCCAGGCCACCACCAUGGACCGCCGCAUCGGCUCCUCCUUCCAGAUCCCCGCCGGCUCCCUCACCGUCUUCUUCGUCGGCUCCAUCCUCCUCACCGUCCCCGUCUACGACCGCCUCGUCGUCCCCUCCGCCCGCCGCCUCACCGGCAACCGCCAGGGUCUCACCCCAUUCCAGCGCAUCGCCGUCGGCCUUGUCCUAUCCAUCUUCGCCAUGGUCGCGGCGGCGCUCACCGAGCGCAAGCGCCUCCACGCGGCGUGGGCGACGGACCGUUCCUCCUCCGUCGGCCGGGGGGCGACGGUUCCGCUGAGCGUGUUCUGGCUGGUGCCGCAGUUCUUCUUCGUGGGGUCCGGGGAGGCGUUCACGUACAUCGGCCAGCUGGAUUUUUUCUUGAGGGAGUGUCCCAAGGGGAUGAAGACGAUGAGCACGGGGCUCUUUCUCAGCACACUGUCGCUGGGUUUCUUUUUUAGCUCGGCACUGGUGAGCAUCGUCCACAAGGUGACCGGGGAGAGCGGGAGGGGGGCGUGGCUGGCGGACAACCUGAACGAGGGGAGGCUCUACAACUUCUACUGGCUUCUGGCGGUGCUGAGCGUGGUGAAUUUGGGGGUGUUUUUGGUGUCGGCAAAAGGCUAUGUUUAUAAGGAGAAGAGGAUUGAAGCGGAGGACGGGAGCGUGGCCGCGGUUGAGCUGGCGGAGGAGGCCUGUUGCCAUGCUUGAGCUGACCUGAGCUUCUCUUUUCUGUCUCUCUUUUGUUUUCUUUUUCUUUUGGUUGUUUUAAAUCCGAGGGAAGUGUCGUAUAGCGUCUUUUUGGGGGAGGCGUGAUGCAGGGAGGGUUGGUUGAGUAGCUUCCUCCGCCCCUUCUCGUGAUGCAACGCGGCUGUGUAGAAAUGAUCCCAGUCAUGGAUCUAUUUCCCAGGUGAAACCGGGAGAGUAUAAAUAAGUUGUGGCUUUUCCCGGGGAUUAUAUCUUCCUGUUUAAUAACUAAAAAAUUCUUGAUAAAGGACUGCAAA